AUGGAAGGUCGAUUGAUCGCGUUGUUUGCUACACUGACCGUCUUUGUGGCGUCAGGCGUUCAAGGGACGUCUCAUUUGUCAUUUUCCAAUGAUAGACAGGUGAACAUCACUCGGGAUGGUUGUGGAUCCCAUAAAAUCUGUUUGGACGACCCAACCGACUGCGAUCCAUCUACAAACGGCACCUGCCUGUUUGUGUCCUUAUUAACUCCUAACAGCACUAACCUGACCGUCGACCUCAGGGGAAACGUUCCGUCCCCAGGAUACGUCGCUAUGGGAACCACCCUUACAGAUGGCAGCACCAGUCUUUUCGUCUGUGCACAUAACGGCUCAGCCAAUGCAACGUUCUUCCGGACACUGAGCAGAAACAACGGUAGUAACAUGUUCAUGCCAGCGGAGACUAGAGUGACUGGAAUUCGAGUCAUGCUGAAAGGCGAUGUGAUCAGGUGCGGGUUCGAUAUCCAAGGUGUGUCCCUCAACCAGAACAGGAUCAGCAUCGGUACCAACCCCAACAUCACCGCCGGUUCUGGAAAUGUCACUGCAAAUGGUGGAAUCGGACAAUUCAUCGCCACCCUGAACCAACGUGUGAACCUCACUUCUGCCGCAGCAUCCAAUGGAGCUCAUGGUACACAGAAACAAUUAUAUGUUUAGGUUCUAACCAAAUUCGAGGGUCAUCCAAAGAAAUAAUGGGUUUAGGAACAGUAAUUGUAAAUUCAGCAUACAUUUAGCAGCUGUUUUGGAGCUUUCGAUCACAUCCGAUUAUCUACGUCAACAAAUGGACUUUUGUCCAGUUGUCAAGGAAAUUGAUGUCAUAUGACUUCAGGAUCCAGGAUCAGCUUGUAAAUAGACGUUGAGCAGACAUUGCCAGCUGCUGUCACCACAGGCAAAACUGAACUUUGAAGCUCAGUGUGAAAAUUGACUAUAGGCAAGCAUACAGUUCAACACAAGAUAAGAUAGACUUGAUCCCACACUGGGGAAAUUCAAGAAAAUAGAAGAAAAUAAGAGCUUCCAAACGAAAAAUGACCAAA